CAGGGUUAACGCAAGUUGUCAAAAAAAAAUUGUUCAAUUCCGCGAACAUCAACUGUCAAACCGCACGAAAUGAUAAAACCUGUCCGGGGUAUAUUUUGAGGGCAUUUGACGAUAUCGCUGGUAUUCACUGGAAGGUGGAAGUUUAAGUUUGUCGUGCGUUGAGGGAUUGAGUUCGUUUUCAAGUUUUCCGCGAAUCUAAAUUUGUUACUGUGGCUGUUUGUUGUGUUUUUAACUAUUUUCCGUUGGCCGUGAUUGUAAUUUUGUUAAAGUUCUAAAGAAAAGAAGAAAUAUCUUCCUCUGAAUGAUCCAAUAUUUUCUUUGGCGAGUGCAGUGGCCGUUUUAACCGUUAUGUCUGCAAGGCAAUAGCAUCGUAGUGACGAAGAAAGUAAGCCAUUCUGCGGAUUAGCUUUCUCAGCUUUUUUUCGUAAACCUGAGCACACGGUGAAGGUGCUACGGGUUACAAAGUGUUGUGUUUUUAAAGUAUUUGAGCGCCUGUUAUUUGCCAACAAUCACUGUGAAAUGAAACGUUACUCUGAAAGUGAAGUUACAUCGUAAUAUAUAUACAGAGGCAACCCAACAGGCUGUGUGUGUGUCUAUCGAAAACCCGGCACGUUCAAAUGUGAUUGCGAAAUAUGCUUAGGUAGCUGCAAAAAAAAAAAUUAGUCGUUGUGUUCCACAAUCGCAAACCUACCCGCAGCUUAUGCUUAUGUGCAUAUGAUUAGAGUGUGCGUGCGUGCAUGAGUGCGUGCAAGCAAAAAAGUGAAAGUGUUCUCACUCGUAGGGCUCAUCUAAAUGGUGCAUUCCGUCGCCAACAGCAGCAGCAGCAAUGACGCAAGCAAAGGAGGAUCUAUCCAAGGAUAUUGCGCCGGCGGGCGACGGAGGGGGCGGUACCGGUGUCGGUGCCGCAAUCGGUUUUCAUAAUCUUCCCCAGCAACAUCAUUCUCAACAUCAUCACCAGCAGCAGCAGACACAACAUCCGCUCCAUCCACACCAGGAGCAUCCGCUCGAAUCAUCCGGAGACCAUAGGAAGUACGUGUUUCCGGGAUCGUCCCAGACGGCCGGUUCGCAAGCGGUACAAGCUGCACAGUUGAUUGGUGGUGGAAUGAACUCCAUUCUAGGCACCACCGCAAAUCCGUCUGCCGGGCGAAUAAUGCUCGAGUAUCAGCGCCCCACAGGCGGAGGUCACUCGCGCUCGGUUAGCCAUGGCGAGGGGUCGUUCGGGGGUUCGUUGGUUGGAAGUGGUGGCGCAGCCGGACGACCUUCAGCCUUAAAGUCAGCGGUCAAGGGAGGCCAUCAAAGAGCACUGUCGCAGGGCCAAAUCAUGGAUGCGCCAACGAUCGCUACGCGAGGUCACAGUCGGGUUGGAUCGAAGACGGAUUUUAUCCUCCCGCCCGGACACAAGGAUCAACCCGAGCAACGUGACGCAGUUCCACCACACUCGGCCACCUCCAUCAAGGGCCAUUCGCGGCAAGCAUCGCGUUCUGAAUCGAUCUAUACGUUGCGCCGAGCUGAUAAACCUCCCUGGUGGAAGCGGCUUAUGUUCUGCCGGACGGCCAACAGUAAGCUGGAAGAUCGGGGCUAUCGGAUAGUCGUCCCGAACCAUACCGUACCGCCCAAAACGCCCAAGCGAGAUCAUCCGAAUGGGCGGCUGUGUGGUAACAAGAUUCGUACCACAAAGUAUACGCUGCUUUCGUUCGUGCCGAAAAAUUUGCUCGAACAGUUUCAUCGCAUCGCAAACUUGUACUUCAUCUUCAUCGUCCUGCUGAACUGGUUCCCGCAGAUUAAUGCAUUCGGCAAAGAAAUAGCCAUGAUCCCGGUGCUGUUUGUGCUCGGUGUAACUGCGAUAAAAGAUCUGUUUGAGGAUCGCCGACGGAAAGCGUCUGAUAAGCGGAUCAACAACUCAACCUGCCGCGUGUACAACGGGGAAUCGGAACGAUACAAGAAAGUGCUCUGGCAAGAUGUGCGUGUCGGUGAUCUGAUCCAUCUGUCCAACAACGAAACUGUUCCGGCCGAUAUACUUUUGCUCAAAUCAAGCGAUCCGACAGGUGUUUGCUAUAUCGAUACUUGCGAUCUUGACGGGGAAACUAACUUAAAGAGACGUCAGGUGGUACGUGGAUUUGUUGAGAAGCAGCACAUCUUUGCACCGAAUAAGUUCACCAGCCGAAUCGAGGUAGAUGCACCAUCGACAAAAAUCUACCGCUUCCACGGUGCUGUGAUACAUCCCUCAGGUGAACGAGUGCCGGUCUCAACAGAAAGUUUGCUGCUAAGGGAAAGUCGCCUGAAGAACACGGAUUAUGCGGAAGGAAUCGUUGUCUACGCUGGGCACGAAACCAAAGCUAUGCUUAACAACAGUGGUCCCAGGUAUAAGCGAUCCCGUGUUGAACAACAGAUGAACAUCGACGUGAUAUGGUGUGUUAUCAUAUUGAUUGUGCUUUGUAUCAUCGGUGCCGUCGGAUGUAAGCUGUGGCUUUCUUUCUAUGCCGUCGAUUCAGACAAUGACGAUACCAUUGGCAGUAACAACGAUACAUUCCGCAUUCCGUUUCUGCCGUUCGAAAUCAGUCCCGACUAUGAAGGAUUGCUAGCAUUUUGGACGUUUGUCAUAAUACUGCAGAUAAUGAUACCGCUCUCACUAUACGUUACGAUAGAGCUGUGCAAACUGAUGCAGGUAUACCACAUACACAACAACAUUGAGCUGUACGAUCCGGACUCGAACAAGCGUACCGAAUGCCGUGCGAUGAACAUUACCGAGGAGCUCGGUCAAAUACAGUACGUUUUCUCGGAUAAAACGGGCACACUGACAGAAAAUCGUAUGAUAUUCCGACGUUGCACAAUCGUGGGUGUAGACUACAACCAUCCUGAGACAGAGGAAGAAAAGGAGUUGAAUAAAAUUGGUGCACCUGUCCCGAUUCUACAGCCCAAUCUAAACUUGCUUGAAAACUUUCGAGGAAACGCACAGCCUUUGCUGGAGACGAACCAAGGGAUGGGUCGAUGUACGAAUGAGGCUGGAAGUGAAACCGUCGCCAAUCAAAUACAGGAAUUCUUUUUAGUACUUGCAAUUUGCAAUACGGUGGUAGUUAGUGCGACUCCACACAGGGAUAACAUGAAUGCGAGCGGUGUGAUCGAGAUGAACGACAGUGAUACGAGCGUUACACUUGUUCGACCUGCUUUGGUUGAAACGGACGGUGGAAGUCUCCCGCUUACGGCGUGCGAUCCUACCAUUGGAGAUCGAUAUGCCCGACUGACGGAGUCCCGAUCCAUUACACCUUCUCCACCACCAAACGCACCGUCUUCGCUGCCCUUAAAAGCAACUCAUGUGCCAUCACUGUCGCCAAUUAGUAGCUCGGCGGAAACGUCACCCAUGUCGGAGAGUCCACCGAUGCGGCUUAAAUCACUAACCACGCCAACAGCGAAGGUGAAAUCACUGGUAGCUAAGCUUGGCAAUGUAGCCAGCGGUGGAAAGGGUAGUGGUGUUUUUAAGAGCGUUGACAGGAGCAGUACCGGUAGUACCAGUAGCAGUAAGAACCGAUUUGCAAGUGGCGCAUCAAAGUUCCAUAAGUCCUUCUCGCAAGGUUCAUCAUCGCCUGCCUCCAUUCGGCCAAUUUAUGAAGCGGAAAGUCCGGACGAACUGGCCCUUGUUAAUGCUGCAUUCAGCUACGACUGUUGCUUGGUAAACCGAAGCCCAAACCAUGCCCUCGUCAGUGUACCAGGGGAAGGCGUUAUAGAGUACGAGGUACUGAAAGUGCUUCCCUUCGAUUCCACUCGUAAAUGCAUGUCCGUGGUAGUACGACGAACUGGUACGCAGGAUGUGGUACUGUACACGAAAGGUGCGGACAGUAGCAUCAUGCCAAAUCUCGUACCUUGCACACCAGGCUCGGAAGAGUACCGUUUGCGAGAACAAACACAACAUCAGCUAAAUGUGUACGCACGGCAAGGUCUGCGUGUGCUAGUCAUGGCUAAGCGAAAGCUGGAUCCGACCGAUUUUAGCGAAUGGUACAGCAAGCAAGAAGAAUGUGAAUUAAGCAUGGAGAAUCGGGAGCGCAAGAUUCGUGACUCUUUCGGACUGCUUGAAAGAGGACUUACCCUAGUCGGGACAACCGGUAUAGAGGAUCGCUUACAGGAAGGUGUCCCCGAGACUAUUAGUUCACUGUUGCAAGCUGGCAUCGUUAUUUGGGUGCUGACGGGCGAUAAGGCCGAAACGGCAAUCAACAUUGCAUACUCGGCGAAGCUUUUCAAUUCGCAGAUGGAUAUCCUUAAGCUGACGGCACGAUCACGAGAUUCUGCGGAAGCGAGCAUAAACUUUUACCUCAACGAAAUCGAAAAACAGCUAAACUCCAACGGUGCUCCCAACGAUGAAGACGCGUUUGAUCUGCUGGACAAACCGCGUGCGCUUGUGGUGGAUGGGAAAACGUUGACCUUCAUACUGGAUCUGCGAUCCAAUCUCACCAAGCCAUUCCUAAGACUGACCCGUUACUGUUCAUCCGUGUUGUGCUGUCGAGCGACGCCAUUACAGAAAGCUUUUCUCGUGAAGGUGGUCAAAGAAGAGCUUCGUAUCAGUACACUUGCUAUUGGCGAUGGAGCGAACGAUGUUUCCAUGAUACAGAUGGCCGAUGUUGGGGUGGGCAUUUGCGGACAGGAAGGCAUGCAAGCGGUAAUGGCAUCGGACUUUUCGAUAGCCAAGUUUAAAAUGCUGGAAAAAUUACUGCUCGUUCAUGGACAUUGGAAUUACGAUCGAUUGGCGCGCAUGAUCAUCUACUUCUUCUACAAAAAUGCUGCGUUCGUGUUUCUUCUGUUCUGGUAUCAGUUUUACUGUGGAUUUUCCGGUGCUGUCAUGAUUGAUCAGGUGUACUUAAUGAUCUACAAUUUACUAUGGACUGCCUUACCUCCGAUGGCGAUUGGGGUGUACGAUAAGAAGAUUAUCGACGACCUUCUGUUAGCGUAUCCGCAGUUGUAUCAGCAUGGUCGUCGGGGCAAGGGCUAUAAGUGGUCCUCGUUCUGGAUAGUGACGCUCGAUGCAGUGUACCAGAGUUUGGUGAUUUUCUUUGUAGCGAAGGCAGCGUACUGGGGCUCGGAUGUGGAUUUAUGGGUGUUUGGUACAACUAUAACGUCCUCGUGUUUGUUUACGAUGCUGCUACACUGUGCCAUAGAAAUUAAAUCAUGGACAAGCUUACAUGUCUUAUCGAUAGUGAUUAGCCUGGUGUCGUUCUAUGCGUUUGCAUUUGUGUACAAUUCAGUUUGUGUCAACUGCUUUGGAUUGCCGUCCAAUUAUUGGGUUAUCCAGAUGAGCAUGAGUACAAUACAGUAUUAUCUGAUUACGAUACUUUCUUCCGUACUUGCCCUGUUACCACGAUUUACAUAUCGUGUAAUCAAAAAUACGAUUUGGCCCUGCGAAGGUGUGCGGGUUACGCUGCAGUACAAAGAAGAAAAACGAAGAGGUGAGAAUCUGCUGGUAACCUGGUCUCGUUCGACGUCUGCCUCAUCCAUAUUCAGGUACUUAACACACACAACCUCAAGCAAUCACUCGAAAUCCAGUACGCUGAUCACGAGGAAGCGUUCCGCUACUACCACUGCCGUCGGUGGAAUACUCGAACGCAAUGCACCACGGCAACGGUUUGGCUACUAAGCGGCCUGUUCAGGCUGUCAUUAGCAUGGCAGAAUAAACAUCAACGGAACAACUGGAAUGGAUCGAAUCAGCAUCAGUCGAUUUGCCCAAACUCAAUAUCUGUCUUGUUUCGAUAUCCUGCAAGAAAACUUCAUAGUAGAAUGCAUCUUGUUAACAAUCCUGGGGAACCUCCCAUCACAGGGCUUCGCAUAAGGCUGUAAACGGUAGAUGGCGUGACUUUUUUGAAAAGGAUCCUCAAUCGGCAACAAGCUUCUGAAAUUCAAUAGCCUCAAAAGUCUUGUUAAUAGAAAAAGUAGACAUGUUAAAGGAAUGUAAAUGAAAACACAAAUUGCUGCUAUGAAAAAAAAAUCCAACGCGCAUAGAAAAAAGGCACUGCUUUCCAGUGAUACACAAAACAAUCAAAAGAAAACAUAACAGGAACAUUGUUCUGGCGGCCUUAUCAAGUUAAGCUGUUGAACUGAAUUUCUCUCGUAGAAGUGCAUACAUCAAAGUGUACGAAACGUCCAUAUCCUAACCUUUUUUCGUAUUAAAAUGGACAAACUCGCGCACGUGAAAGUGAAACGCUUCGUAGGACCCGAUAAGUAAAACCAAAUUUUUGGAAAAUGGAAACAGUUAUUUAUUACCAAACUGUGUUUACAUGGGAGCAUAUAGAGGAAAACGAAUUGAUUCUUCUUUAAAAGCCUGGGUGGGUAUUGAUUGUUGUUGUAAAGAAUGUUAAAGUUAAUGCUAACGCGGAUAAGUAAAUAUAGAAGCUGCGACCACGGCUGUGAAUGUGAAUGCUUGAUUGGGGCGCUCCGAAAAGAACUGCGAUUUGACACGAGCAGCAUUGUUGAUUGGAACGUGCGAAGGGAAUUAUACAAUAAUUUAAAACUAUACUAGACGACAAUAAAAAGUAGUGGCGGUCGCAACAUGGAAAACAUUUGUAAUGAAGUAUGCAUUUAAUGUAGGUAAAUAACACAGAAUUAGUAUAGCUAAAUGGAAUGGAAAAGACGACCAAGUGCCUCUAACGUGCUGAGAAGAGGACGCUUUAUUGAAUAUGUGUAUAAUCGCUAAACCUUACAUAAGUUAACUACCGCUUAUUGUUAUACUGACGAGAAGAAAAUACAAACAAUAUCCAAACGUAGCCUUCACGCUAAUAGUACGAAGCAGAAGAGGAAUUGUAUGGAACGAAAAGAAACUAACAUUAGCAGCUGUUUAAAGGGAAGAAUUAUGGACGUUUGGUGCAAAUUUCGUGCUUGAAGCUUUUUGUUGCAACUCAGAAUACGAAAGUUCAUUCGUAUAGUAAGCUGAUAAAAUGUGACAUGAAAUAGCAAAUUAACACACACCUCGAAAACCCUGCAUCUGAAGGAAUUGGCACUAGCAGUAUAGUACGGAAUAGCAUUAAAUAUCCUCUCCUAUGGGAACGUACGUUGUACAUACAUUCUGCAAACUAUGGUUCGCAGAAAAAGUUAUCGUAAUGAUAAAAGGAUAUGUUCGUUGGAAAGUAGAAAUUACAGCACCGCACCGUUAAAAAAAACAGAUGGAAUAUUUUUUUAUACAUUGUGACAAGAAUAAAGCGAAGACGAAGAACGUUAAAACCUA